GGUGCCCAGGGACGAUUUUGAGAGACACUGCGUAUCUGUGCCGAGCGCCACGCGACCAGGUCGUCCGGUCGGGCCGGGUAGCCGGGUGUUGCUGAAAUCAACGUGGUGGGGUUCCUUCGACGAGUCCGACACGGAGCCUUAUGCCUUCAGUCGACUCUCGGCUCUCACUGCGACUCGGAGCCGGCUGAGAUUCCGUUAAUUACGAGCAUCGAGCAGGCCGAGGAUCGCUGGAAAGGUGUGUUGGCGCCCCCCGGUCGCGUUGAGCAGCAGCAACAGGACAAUCACGGUUCUCGGGUUCUCCAAUUAUGUCGCGUGCUGGGCGAUAAAUCGGGAUCCGAUCUCGCGAAAGGAGGUACAAAAGGAAAAAAAAGGAAAAGAAGAAUUGCAACGGCGGACUUAUCGCGCGGAAGUGAAGGGAAUCGAGGGUGUAGUGGGGAAGGAAGGUAUCCUACGAGUCCUCGAGCGCAGUUUGAUCGAGACCGAGCGCUGGUCGAGGAGCUCGAGACCAAGAUCGUCCCUCUCGUUGCACGUUAAUUGGUGCGUGGAUGGCGAUCGGAACGAGAGGAAAGAUAGGUACGAACGCCGAGCGGUGGCCGAGAAGCGAGAGAAACGGACGGGCAACUGAUUAACCCGGGGGGGUGCGGCCGCGGCUCGGAGGGUCAAGUGGAUGCAGGAAUCUGGGCGCGGGAAAAUAUCUCGGGGAGAUUACGCCCUGCGAAUUUCAACGAUUGCUCUCGAAAGGGAAUAGAUCCCACUUCUCUCGGGGAAAGGAUUCUAACGGAUAUCCGCGAGUGUUCGAUUGGAAAGAUCAAGAGUGUCUAUUCAUUUCUCGUAAAACUGUCGAGAUUAUAUCUUGAAAAAUAAUAUUCGCGAAUGAGAGAGAUCAUCUAGGAAGUGACUGAUGCGCUCGAGAAAUCCUUGAUAGACGCAAACUCGAUCUCUGGGGUGGGUGAACACCAAAAGGGAUCCAACAAGGUUACUUAGGGAAAACUUAUAAUCGAGGCUACAUCGUGAACAUGUUGUGCGGAACAUUUAGGAAGAGGAGGAGACACCCGGGGGACGAGUAUCGUUUGAUCAGGUCCAACACCAUGCCGAGAAUAAUAUCAGGAGCAAGGGACGCCAGUUUGGUGCCUGUUCGAAGGACCAGGUCCACGAGGGUCGCCGCUCGAUCGUCGCUGAUCAAAGAUCUGCUGCAUAUGGGUCUCGACAACGUAAGCUCGGCGACCCUCAGGCCCUUUAACUCGGACAUCAACACACCGAGGAUCGACAGCUACAGGUUCUCGAUGGCGAAUCUCGAAGAUUCUCAGGAUGUCGAUCUGGACGCGAUUCUCGGUGAAUUGUGCGCCUUGGAACGACGCUGCGACGGCGAUAUCGCCUCCACUCCUGCACCAGAUACACAAAGGCCAGGACGACCUAACAGCGCGAGGAUCAAUCCGGGUGACAGCACUGACAUCAAAAAUGAAGGAGGUAUACGGACUGACAGCCCGGACAACGACAGCGCGUUCUCGGACACGGUGUCCAUGUUGUCCAGCGAAAGUUCGGCGAGCAGCAGCGGUUCCGGACACAAGCCACCUCAGACCGCCAUCCACGCGGCUCCUCAACAGCAGCCGCAUCAACUUGUCGAUGCAGCGAGCAGAGCGAAGGCGGAGAAGAUCCGGCUGGCGCUGGAGAAGAUGCGCGAGGCGAGCGUGCAAAAGCUCUUCAUCAAGGCGUUCACGUUGGACGGGAGCGGCAAGAGCCUCCUGGUCGACGAAGGGAUGAGCGUCGCGCACGUGUGUAGGUUGCUGGCGGACAAAAACCAUGUGCCGAUGGAUCCGAAAUGGGCGGUGGUCGAACAUCUGCCCGACCUCUUCAUGGAGAGAGUUUACGAGGACCACGAGUUAUUGGUGGAGAAUCUUCUACUAUGGACCAGAGAUUCCAAGAACAAACUGCUCUUCGUCGAGAGACCGGAUAAGACGCAGCUAUUUCUCACGCCCGAGCGAUUCCUUCUCGGUCCCUCGGAUCGCGGCGGCGGCGAAUACGACGAUCACUCGAGAAAUAUUCUACUGGAGGAGUUCUUCUCGAGCAGCAACGUCGGCGUUCCCGAGGUCGAGGGUCCACUGUACUUGAAGUCGGAUAGCAAGAAGGGCUGGAAGAGGUAUCACUUUAUUCUGCGAGCCUCCGGUCUUUAUUACUGGCCAAAGGAAAAGGCCCGCACCGCCCGAGAUCUCGUUUGUCUUGCAACAUUCGAUGUUAAUCAAGUUUACUACGGCGUUGGUUGGCGAAAGAAAUACAAGGCGCCCACGGAUUUCUGCUUUGCUGUCAAACACCCGCGACUGCAGCAGCCAAAAUCCACCAAAUACAUCAAGUUCCUCUGCGCGGAGGAUAACGCUUCCUUGGAGCGAUGGAUGGUCGGCAUCCGGGUGGCCAAAUAUGGCAGGCAACUGAUGGAGAACUAUCGGGCGCUGGUGGAUGAACUGGCGCAGGAAGAUUUGGAUCUAUUGGCACAUGCCAGAUCGUGUUCCGUUAGCUCCAUUGCUACGCCGCCGAAUCAGACUCAAUAUAACACGACAAACGAUAACGCGAGGCAGUUCACGGAGAUUGUAAGACAGCACAGCAACGAUGCAACAGUCGUCGUCGCGACAAGACAGUACGAUGGUAGCCAAAGGCAGAGCUACAACAAUCCGGAACAACGACAGAGCUAUAACAAUGAUGGCAGACUGAGCAGAGCGAGUAGCUCCAGCUCCAGCGGGUGUUUGUCUGAUGGGGCGCCGAGUAGCUGUGAGGUAGCCUUUGAAUGCGGCGAGUUUCCAACUGGCACGAUAAAGCGGAAGCCAUCUAUGAAUCCAAAGUUGCCCCUUACGUCGAUCACAAGGCAAUUGAAGGAGGUCGGCGAGACAGUGCGGGACGAACCGGACUCCUGUCCGAGCCCGACGAGCUCGGGAUCCGGUACGUUGACGAGAAGACAUAGUCGCCGGCGAAGCGGCACUGAUUCCGACGGAUCUGGAACUCUAAAGAGACACCAUAGAUCUGGAAAUGCGACGCCAGUCAGUCCAGUACCACCUGGCACGCCGGUCAGAGAAAGAACGAGCCCUAUGGGAUACAGCAGAUCAGAGAGUCAAGAAUCCAAGACACCGACGAGUCCAAUGCAAGCAUGCAUGAUGGAUUCAAUCACCUCGCUGCCACCGCCACCGUCGCCAUCGAGAGUCGUUGAGGAAGUCGAAUCCGACAAUGAGCCGCUUCCGCCGCCGCCACCUGAAAUGUUCCGCUCGAAUCUUUCGCUGGAUUCUCUGCCGCCGCCGCCGGCGCCCGGCGAGCUUCCGGUUUGUAACACGCCGGAACUCACGGGCUCGUCGUUGAGUCUUGUGUCACUACCGCCACCGCCUAGUCCGCUGGUCGGCGAAACUGGAACGAUACGUCGCGCCAGACCUAAACAGUCCACUCCCACGAACUCUAUAACCCCCGAGAACACUCCUACGCACAAUCCCAGGUCGCAGUCCAAUCAGAUGUACGUGAAUGCGAACAGUAUCGCGCUCAACAGCAACUCAGUCCAAAACAGUCAGAAUUACAACUCGAAUACGGCGACCCACAACACGAACAGUACCGCCAAUUCCGUAUCCUCCCCGCAUAGUUCCUAUCCGGGAUCGACAGCGAGCACGCCGACUUAUACUCCGAGUUCACCCAGCUUUGCAUCGCCACCACCGUUUGUGCCGCCGCCGGCUUACGGCUCCCAGCACGUCAACUCCCAGAGCCUGCCAAGCAGGAAAGUCGAAUCGAUGUACGCGAGUCAUCAGCCCAACCACAACACGAUUCAGCCCAUCAGGCCGAAUCCCAACAUGGACACUGUUCGACGUAGCGCCAUGAAGCAAGGUAGCAGCCAUUAUGCAGCGCCACCGUACCUGGCCGAGCUGAAAGCCGCCUCCAGUCCCCAGCCGCAGCGUCGAGUGACCAUUCAGGAACCACCGACGUCGCCCAAGUCGAAGACCGGCACCGGCAAGAAGAUCACGUUCAACCUGCCACCUCAACAGGAACCCAGUAGUCCUGCCUUGCCGCAACGGAAGCCGACGCCACCCAGAAGAUCCGACAGCACCAGGCUCACGUCGCCCAAGAAACUCGCGGCGUCCGAUCAAGCCCCGCCGGGUGAUUUCCUGAAGGACCUCCAACGAGUGAUGAGGAAGAAAUGGCAGGUCGCGCAAAAGUGCAAGUUGGACUCGACGACGACGCCGCACGAGGUGCUCGGCUUCCGAGAUCCGCCUCCUGCUGUGGCUGACUACAGGGAGACCAAUGUGUCCAACUGGGUGCAGGAGCACUAUGGCGCGGACAAUCUUUACGAGAACGUUUACGCGACGGAUCCCCACGCACCGGUUGAAUACGCGUCCAGUCCAGCCCGGCAACCGACGGUGAGGUUCGCGGACGAGAAUCGCAGUAUGAACAUCGUCAACGCGAUCGCUGGUAAAAGAAGACCGCCGCCGCCGCCGCCCAAACGGGCCGAGACUACGCAUCUCACCACCACCAGGGCGAUGCACUGACAAUAGCAGAUAAUCCAGCCCCAUCCCGAGAGGCGAUGGUACUGCUGUCUCUGCAGCUGGUGGAAGGAGUAAGACGAGGAACGUCUUGGCAAUGAUUUCAUCCGUUCUUCCGGGAUGCCGGGUAUAUAUCGAAUUCAUUCGUUCCACCUUGCUGUUCAGAGAAUCGGAGAUGAGAAGAGGAAGGCUUCUCCAGUAAAGGAAAGGUUGUAUUCACUUUGUUGCUGGACUGAUGAUCCUUGGGAGAAUGAUAAGUUGAAGAAGAGAAGAUAUUGUUCGGAUACGAAAAUUCAAAAGAGAAUAUUUAUGAAUUUCAUUCUGAAGAUUAUGUUACACAUAUACAGUUUGAAAACAACUGUUUUGCUAGAAGAAUUUAUACGAAUAUUGUCAAUCGGAAGAAGACACUCAAAUGAUCAGUAAUUGCGACAAGUUUGAAGGUGUCUUGAUGGAUCACAAGGGGAUGAAUAUCGAUGAACCGUCCUUUCCGGAAGAUCUCCUGAAGCUAUACAGCAGAACUGCCGUUUCGAAGCUAAUGUAAAUGCUCUUUCGAGCCAAGCAACGAAUUGAAUAAACUCGAGUCCACGACAGAGAUUCGAUCGACAUACAAGGAAUAUAUACUGCCACACAUACAGAGGAUGUGA